AUGGAAAAAAUGGAAGAGGCUUGUGGAAUCAUGAACAGCAACCCUGAUUUAAUGGCUCCCGCCAUCAUUCCACAAAAAUACGAUGCCAACGUAGAUUACGUCAUCAACGAAUACAUGGAGCGAUUGGGCACUCGCCUAAACAUUCUUGAAACCGAACUCAAAUAUGCGUGGCGAGCGUUAGAUCUCUUAUCCCAGGAGUAUAUCAAGAUGUGGGAACGGCUGGAAAAACUAGAAAGUCUUUUGUACGAGCAGCAAAGCGUCAUAUCCCAACUACUCGACUUUUACACCACCGGCGGGGCUUCCGUGCACACAGCCACUGCCUCCCUGGAAGGCAAACUCGGCGAAUUGGAAGUCAUCAGGGAGAUCUUGGGCAACGGCGCCGUAGAAGAUGGAUUGGAAGAAGGUCUAGAUGUGACCAUUUCCCACGAGCAGUCGCUCGAACUUCAGGAAAUAGACACAGAAAUCGACGAAAUGCACGUACCUGACGAAGCUUUCUACAAAAGCCUCAACCAAGCCUACCGAGAAGACUUAGUAGGUGAUGACCCCGCGUUUAGAAUAAGUCAAUUAGGAAUGAUUUGGGAAGAAAGAGAGGAAGGAAGCGAGAACGGCGAAAGGGAGAGAGAUAGAGAACGACAACCUAUUGAUACCUCAAGUAGGCUAGAGGAUAACCAAGAAAUUUAUAGUGCUUUAGACUACAAAGAUUACAGAGGAAACUCUCCGUGCAUUAGCGAACAAGAUCUAGCUCAAUUAACUAAAAUAGACUCUAUAGAUCACUUAGCUAUUGAAAAGUUAGACGAAUUGGACAGGCUUAGCAGUAAAUUACAUCAAGAUUCUGUAAAUAUUAAACAGCUAAGAAGAAAACUAUUAGAAUCGCCUCUGUCUAUACAAGAGAUCGAAGAAGAACAAAUAGACGUUAAAGAAGCUGAAGACUUAUCAAAUAUCGACGAAACUCUCCAACAAAUGUAUCCAGAUGAUCAAUGGAGCUUCUCGAGUAGCGUCAAAGAUAAAAACGAAUUCCUUCUUCUAGCUAAAUCUGAUCUACCCGGUCUUCUCACUAACGCACCAUACUCUUCGAAAUCCAGUUCGAGAUUUUCUCUUUCGGAUGCUGAUAAAGAAGUAGCAGAAACAUUAGGAGUUGAUUCGAGAAGUCCACCAUCACCCAGAAGGCGACAGACUGAAGUUUCAACUUCUAGUGAACCUUUCACUACAGUCACUGGAAGACUGGCCUACAGUGCUGCUGUCCAACAUGCCGAGCAGAUAGAGGCAGCGGUUGCAGCGGCAGUUGCAGCGCAGAAUACUAAAAACCCAUUUUAUUGUGUGUCUCCCAGCUUGAACGCUUUACUACCAGCCACUUAUGAAACUGUCUCUUGUUCUACGCCAAAUAUUUAUAGCGCAAGAUCGGAAAAAACUACAUCUCCAACUUUGUCCAUAUGUAGCAUAAGGACCAGGCAAGAUGGAUACGUUGAUCCUAAUGCUAUACCUAUCGGACAGAAUCAUAGUCCACCUCCACCACCAGCGCCUGAUGUAACUGAUCAUUUUUUAGCGAAUAAAGCUGCUAGUUCUUCAAAUGUAUUUUUGGACGCUACAGACUCGUCAAUUAACCCAAACGAACGAUUAAGUCCGAAACCUCAUUCGCCCAAGUCUACCAAAUCGUCUCCCAGAAGAAGUAAAUCUCAUUCUUUAACAAUGGCCGCCGCAAAGUCUGAUUCCGGUCUGUCUUCAAUGAGCGGCUGGUCCAGUCUUGAGAAAUCACCUGGCUCUCCAAAAAAUACUAGAACGAAUUCUUAUUCGGAAGGCAGACACGGUAGUAGCAGAUUAGUUUCUCCAAUACCUCCUCAUUAUGGAUCUGCUUCUAAUAGUACUAAACCUUUUAUCGAAUCUUCUGUGGACUCAAAGUUAGCUGAUUCAUCAAACUUUUUACCUGGUGGUCAUCAUUUAUCAGCAUUUACUUCAGUAAAAUCCCCUUCGGGACUUGAAACCGUAGAAGGUUAUGGCAACUUUGUCCCUGCUCCUGCACCAGCGUCGGAUAUUAAUGUUAGUCCCAAUAAGAAAAAAGAAAAAUCGCCUGCCAAAACGAACGAAGAUAGAGCAUCCGGAAUAUCAAUGUAUCGGUACGACCAGCCAGCGAUAUACUCUGUGGCUGGCAGUAACAGAGAGUCGUAUACUUCUGUUUAUACUGGAAAUUCUGACUAUUGCCAAAAUUAUCCAGACCUCAUCGAGCCUUAUGAGAACAACGAAUUUUUUAACAGCCAACAAAAGAAUUUUUAUCCACCGGUAUCGUAUAUGCCUUACUCUGGACCUAGCCCUAGCUUUAGCAACAACACCAAAUAUAAAUCGUCUGGUAGUAGAGAGCCUGAAGAUUUUUCUACCCACGAAGGAUAUAAAACAGCCAUGUAUAGAACUAUGUUUCCCUCCGGCAACAUCACAGAUGCUCUGUCUUAUUAUCCAACGUCUUCAAGAACUGAUGUAACUUAUAGUGAUCCUUCAUGGUACAGUCCUGAUGGUAGACCAAUACCUGAAACAGCGUACUUGCAGAGUCCGAAUAGAGAAAGGCAGCUGCAAUACCAACAAAAAGAGCAGCAACUGCAGCAGCUGCAGCAUCAACAACAGCAACAUCAACAACAUCAACAGCAUCAGCAACAUCAACAGCAUCAACAGCAUCAACAGCAUCAACAGCUUCAACAGCAUCAACAACAUCAGCAACACCAGCAACAUCAACAACAACAACAACAACAACAUCCGCAACAACGACAACACCCUCCUGCUUAUGAUGUUCAGCAAUUUGACCAACAGAACAAACAGUGGAAUCAACGGCAAGAAAUUCCUUACUUAGAUCUGGAUUUAAGGAACAAAAAUUUACCUGAAUAUGUAGUACAACAACAACACGGCCAUAAUUUGUAUUACGAUACCGGUGGUAUAAUCAUGACCCAAUCUGGUUAUAUUACUAUAUCUUCUGGUACAGAUACUAGACCGCAUACCACAGAGCCUACAAAAAAGGUAAAAAGGUCUAACACUCUAAAAUCCGCUAUGAGCUCUGUGAGUCAGUGGUUGCCUAAUCUUAAUGUAGCCAAAAGAAGUAGAUCGCAUUCCUUACCAGGCAUCAAGAGAGAUACCAUUAAGACAAGUUUAAAUAAAAAGAAAAAGAAAAACAGCAUUGUUUCCACAGUUUCUGAUAUUAUCCAAAAAGCUAAAAGACGAGGGAGUUUAUCGCAGAACUAUUCGUCAUCUUAUUCUGAUACCGAACAGUCAGAAACAGAAUGGUCCACCGAAAAAUCCAGAUCUCUUCAGUCUGAAGAUGAACGAAGUGAAGACAGUACAAGUCUUUACUCUGAAACUAACGUUGAAACUGACAGUGAUUUUACAACUAGUACAGAUAAUAGUAAAUCCAUAAAACACAUCCAAUCCAAUAAUGAAAAAUUUGCUCUUCAACCACUAUAUGAAGCUCAAACGCCCAACACAGAUGAUAAUGUUCAUAAAGAAUCAGACGGAGAGGGCAAUAUAGUUAAUAAUCCUACUAUUUCAUACUUAACGAGAAAAAACUCAAUACACUCGGAUAAUGAAGACGUUAUAGAAAGCAAAAUGGUAGUCGUGGUAGGUGGAGGAGCAUCUAUGGAGUUCGCUGUAUCUAGAGCUCUUGGAAAAUAUAGACAGAGACAAUCAAAUUCGUUUUCAGAUGAAGGAGCAUUUAACGAAGAAGACGAAAUAAUCAUAGAAGAAAUUAGCGAAGAAAGGGAAAAUCAGAGUGAAUCAGCGCCUCAAAUUCUUGAGAAGGUACUAUCUGAACAGAAAUCAACAGAUAGCCAAACUAGUUCUGACAAUAACAAACCUACUAUUAUAGAUAUAGCGGAAGAAGCUAUUUCAGAAGAUAGUCAUUCGACAGUGAGUAUGAAAUCGCAUACCAAUCGUUUUUUACCCAAACAGCAGCAAAGUUUAGAGAUACCUGGAAGUAAAGAUGACGAUGAUGUUAGAAGUACACAUUCUUGGAGAAGCACUUCUAGGGUUUCUUCAAGACGACAGAGUACUGAAGACAGCAUCGACAGCGAGGACGAGUGGUACUGUUACGAACUACGAAAAUUGGAAGAAAUGGAAAGACAAAAUCAGUUAGAGAUAGAUAUGGGUACUACGCUUCUCGAAGAACCAGAACCUAGCGAAGAAGACCAAUUUGAACCUGGCAAAGAUGUUAAGGAAAGAAUGGGAUUUGUAUUACGAGAAUUGCGAAUAAAGGCGAAGGUAGUCGAAGGAGUCUUAGAUGAAAAAGACAAUAAUUUACUUACAGUUCAAUCUCGUAAAAAGAAAGACUCAAGAGAUAAAAGAUCUUCCUUUCAAUUAGACAACGCUGCUUCCUUAUUUGAAAAAAUAAAAAACUACCAUCAUGAUCCCGAACAGGAAGAAGCUUUAAAAAAGGAAUUAGAUAGGUUAGAAAUUGAACUGAACAGUCCUCAUGGAAAAGAAGAUCAUUCUUCAGGCGCCACUUCGGGCCCCGAUAGUCCUCACAGUACUGACGAGUAUGACGAAGCUGAAAUGGUUAUUAAUGAUGAAUUCGCUUUAUGUCAUGUUAAUAAAGAAAAAGAAGAGGAGGAGAAUAAUAAAUUAGAAAUAACCGCUCCUACUCAAGAAGACGUUGAAAUGAUUCAAGUACCUACUAUCAAUUUAGAGUCAUCCACGCCGGCCAAAGAGGAGAAAGAUGAAAAAGAAGGAGGUCAGAUGGGAAGCAGAUGGAAGUUAUUAAAGACGUUAAAGGAGAAGAAAGCUGAAGAGAAAAAUAAUAAAAUACCGACACCUGCUCCUGAAACUACUAAAGAAUCUGGUAUUAGAGGAGACCAAACUAGAGCCAAUGGACAUCCAGGUGACAAUCCCUUCUACAGCAACAUCGACAGUAUGCCUGAUAUUCGACCAAUCAGAAGAAAGUCCAUACCACUCGUUUCCGACUUGGUGAGUAUCACCAUGGCUGCUACCAAAAGAAAUGCCGGGUUGACAUCAGCAGUUCCGAGAGCUACUCUCAACGAUGAGGAGUUGAAAAUGCACGUCUACAAGAAAACGCUUCAAGCGCUGAUCUACCCCAUAAGCAGCACCACGCCUCACAAUUUCGUGCCAUGGACGGCAACUUCACCGACAUACUGUUACGAGUGCGAGGGUCUACUAUGGGGCAUAGCCCGGCAGGGGGUUAGAUGUACGGAGUGCGGUGUCAAAUGUCACGAAAAGUGCAAGGAUUUGCUCAACGCCGAUUGUUUGCAAAGAGCGGCCGAAAAAAGUUCAAAACAUGGGGCGGAAGACAAGGCGAACAGUAUCAUUACGGCGAUGAAAGACCGGAUGAAACAGCGAGAACGAGAAAAACCGGAGAUCUUCGAACUCAUCCGAACGACAUUUUCAGUGGACCCAGAUACACACAUAGACUCAAUUGAGCAAGCGGAACAAAUGACUAUAGAGGGCACUUCGAAAUGGUCGUGCAAGAUUGCAAUUACAGUUAAAUCAGCACAAGGAUUAAUAGCUAAAGACAAAAGUGGAACUUCAGAUCCAUACGUUACAGUCCAAGUAGGAAAAGUCAAGAAACGCACAAGAACGAUGCCUCAGGAGUUGAACCCGGUCUGGGACGAGAAAUUUUAUUUUGAAUGUCAUAAUUCUUCUGAUAGAAUUAAAGUCAGAGUGUGGGAUGAAGAUAAUGAUCUGAAAAGCAAACUUCGGCAAAAGUUGACUAGAGAAUCUGAUGAUUUCUUGGGACAGACAAUCAUCGAAGUACGCACACUGUCGGGUGAGAUGGACGUAUGGUACAACUUAGAGAAACGUACAGACAAAUCGGCAGUAUCCGGAGCCAUCCGACUUCACAUAUCCGUAGAAAUUAAGGGCGAGGAAAAAGUGGCGCCCUAUCACGUCCAGUACACCUGUCUCCACGAGAACCUCUUCCACUAUCUGUGCGAACAGAACCUCGGCGUCGUUUCCUUGCCCGAAAACAAAGGCGACGACGCUUGGAAAGUUUAUUUCCACGACGCUGCCGAAGAGAUUGUAGACGAGUUCGCGAUGAGAUACGGCAUAGAGUCCAUUUAUCAAGCCAUGACACAUUUUCACUGCCUAUCAACAAAAUAUCUUUGUCCCGGAGUUCCGGCCGUUAUGAGUACUCUUCUAGCAAAUAUCAACGCCUACUACGCACACACAACAGCAUUAUCAGCUGUAUCAGCCAGUGAUAGGUUUGCAGCCUCAAAUUUUGGGAAAGAAAAAUUCGUCAAACUCUUGGACCAACUGCACAACUCUCUCCGCAUAGAUCUCUCCAUGUACAGAAACAAUUUCCCGGCUUCCAGUGCAGACAAACUAAAAGACUUGAAAUCCACCGUAGACCUGCUCACCAGCAUCACAUUUUUUCGUAUGAAGGUCCAGGAGCUGGCUUGUCCGCCUCGGGCCAGCACUGUGGUCAAAGACUGUGUAAAAGCGUGUUUACGGUCCACGUAUCAAUUUUUAUUUGAGAACACCUACGAAUUGUACAAUAGGGAAUUCCAAGCUGAUCCUAAUGAACCGAAAAGGGAUCCAGACGACCAUGGUCCUAGUUUGGAUAGCGUGGAUUUUUGGCACAAAUUGAUAGCGCUGAUUGUGUCAGUUAUCGAAGAGGAUAAAAACAGUUAUGGGCCUGUUCUGAAUCAGUUUCCACAGGAACUUAACAUCGGUCAACUUUCCGCUGCCACAAUGUGGAGUCUGUUUGCAGUUGACAUGAAGUACGCUCUAGAAGAACACGAGCAGCAUAGACUUUGCAAAUCAUCGGCGUACAUGAAUUUACACUUCAAAGUCAAAUGGUUGUAUUCCAAUUACGUUAAGGACGUACCACCCUAUAAGGGAGCGGUACCAGAAUAUCCGGCCUGGUUUGAACCAUUUGUCAUGCAGUGGCUAAAUGAAAACGAUGAUGUGUCAUUGGAAUACUUACAUGGUGCCUUUAAUAGAGACAAAAAAGAUUGCUUCCAAAAGAGUAGUGAACACGCCUUAUUCUCCAACUCAGUAGUUGACGUCUUCACCCAACUCACUCAAUGCUUCGACGUUGUUUCGAAGCUUGAAUGUCCCGAUCCAGAAAUUUGGAAAAGGUACAUGAAGAGGUUCGCUAAAACCAUAGUCAAAGUAUUGAUAGCAUACGCGGAUAUCGUCAAGAAAGAAUUUCCUGAACAUCUUAAAGAAGAAAGAAUAGCUUGUAUACUAAUGAAUAAUAUACAGCAACUGAGGGUACAAUUAGAGAAAAUGUUUGAGUCUAUGGGAGGAGAUAAACUGGAAGAAGACGCCGCGAAUAUUUUGAAAGAACUUCAACAAACCUUGAAUGGAAGUCUAGAUGAAUUAGCACAACAUUUUGCUUGCAGUUUGGAGCAUCGAAUAACAGUAAGCGUCAAAGAGCUGGCCGAUCUCCUGCUGGCGAUCAAAGGAGGCGGUCAGCCUGGCCAGCUUAACCAACCGGCGCAAAGAAACGCUGUAGCCGUUGAAGCGGACGAAGUCUUAAGGCCUUUAAUGGAUCUACUGGACGGUUCGCUAUCUUUGUAUGCCCAGUCUUGUGAGAAAACCGUACUUAAAAGGCUUCUGAAAGAGUUGUGGAAAAUUGUCAUGAGGAUAUUAGAGAAGACUGUCGUGUUACCGCCAAUGACUGAUAAAACGAUGAUGUUUAAGAGCUUAACAGAUAACGCAAAGAACCUGGCGGCCAAUACGAAAAUAGAAGACAUGUCCAAACUCUUUAAGAACCACAUGACAGGCAAACAAGACGUCAAAAACGCUCUCAGCGGUGUGAUGGACAUCUCCAAAGAGGUCGAAAAGAAUCUCUCGCCUAAACAGUGCGCCGUGCUAGACGUAGCCUUAGAUACCAUCAAGCAGUAUUUCCAUGCGGGCGGAAACGGGCUGAAGAAGGCGUUUUUGGAUAAAAGUUCUGAGCUGCAGAGUUUGCGAUACGCGUUAUCGCUGUAUACGCAGACAACGGAUACUCUUAUUAAGACUUUUGUUACCACGCAAAUUAAUGAAGACAACGUUGAUGGUCCAGAAGGAAGCGUGGGUGAAGUUUCAAUCCAGGUUGAUCUCUUCACUCAUCCAGGAACUGGAGAACAUAAGGUCACCGUCAAAGUGGUGGCCGCCAAUGAUUUGAAAUGGAAUUUGGUAUCAGGAAUGUUCCGACCUUUCGUCGAAAUCAACCUCAUAGGUCCCCAUUUGGCUGACAAAAGACGAAAGCAUGCUACAAAAUCUAAGUCAAACAAUUGGUCACCCAAAUACAAUGAAACCUUCCAUUUUAUUAUUGGAAACGAGGAACAGUUAGACUGCUUUGAACUUCACAUUUGUGUCAAGGAUUACUGUUUCGCGAGAGAAGAUAGACUGGUUGGUGUUGCUGUCAUGCAACUCAAAGAUAUUGUAGAAAAGGGCUCAUGUGCCUGUUGGCUGUCGCUUGGAAAGAGGAUCCAAAUGGACGAAACAGGUUGGACCAUUUUAAGGAUUUUAUCACAACGCACAAACGACGAGGUAGCAAAGGAAUUUGUCAAACUCAAAUCAGACAUUAGACAAGAAAAUCCUCUUCCAAACUAA